UGAGAGAACACGCCGGUGACGUGCCGGUCCCCUCCUCCUGUCCGCGGACACGGAGCAGCCGGCUCGGAGCCCCGACACGAAACGCGAUGGAGAGGUCGAAGCUGCCGGGGACGCGUAGAUGUAGCGGUGCUCGGGUUUUAUGUGCUUAAAAAGGCAUCUGUGGUGGAGCCAGGCGGCAGGCAGGGAUCCCCGGGAAGCAGUGGACAGAGAUGAGUGUUCUGGGAGUCGGCGGAAGUGGGAACUCUCCUAACAAUCCCUUUUUCCUCUGCUGAGAGACCCAGACUUACUUCCUUCCCACUCCUCUGCGAAAAGCUGUAGAGAAAACAGGGCACGAUGUACACCUUCCUGCCCGAGAACUUCACACCUGUGAAGCAGAAGCCCUCCAAGGAGCUGAGGCCCAUGCUCGGGGCCAUCUUGCUGGGCCUCAUGCUGUUCAUCGCCGCAGUGGUGGCCUGGUGCUACUACACGGUGUCCCUGCGGAAGGCGGAGCGGCUCAAGACGGAGCUGAUGGACCUGCGGGCGGAUGGCUUCGUCAUCAGGAACCAGCACGGGGAGGUGGUGUUCCGGCUGGCCUUCCGCUCGGGCAGCCUGGACCUGGAGUCGUGCUCCAAGGAGGGCGAGAUCCUGAGCUGCACGCGGUCCAGCCGGGGGCCGCUCAACUUCUUCAUCCAGACGGUGAAGCCCAAGGACACGGUGAUGUGCUACCGCGUGCGCUGGGAGGAGCUGGCGGCCGGCCCGGCGGUGGAGCACACCAUGUUCUGGGAGGACGCCCACUGGUACGGGGGCUCGGAGAUGAGCACCCAGCACUGGCCCAUCCGCCUGGCCGGCUACCAGGAGCCCGUGCCCUACGUGACCAGCGACGUCUACUCCUUCCGCGACAGCUUCGGCGGCAUCCUGGAGCGCUACUGGCUCUCCUCCAAGGCGGCGGCCAUCAAGAUCAACGACUCCGUGCCCUUCCACCUGGGCUUCAACGCCACCCAGCGCGCCCUCUUCUUCCAGGCCCGCUACAAGGACUCUCCCUACAAGCCCCCGCCGGGGCAGCCGCCCUUCCCCGAGCUCAGCUACCGCGUCUGCCUGGGCUCCGACGUCACCUCCAUCCACAAGUACAUGGUGCGCAGGUACUUCAACAAGCCCUCCAAGAUCCCCGCCGAGAAUGCCUUCCGAUACCCCAUCUGGUCCACCUGGGCACUCUACAAGAAAGAUAUAAACCAGGAUAAAAUUCUGCAGUUUGCGAGAAACAUUAAGAAGUACCGUUUUAAUUGCAGCCACAUAGAGAUUGAUGACAUGUACACCCAAGCCUAUGGGGACUUUGACUUUGACCCUGUCAAGUUCCCCAAUGUGACAGAGAUGUUUGCAAAACUGAGGGAAGAUGGCUUCAAGGUCACUCUGUGGACUCACCCUUUCAUAAACUACAAUUCCUCCAAUUUUGGUGUGGGGAUUGAGCGUCAGCUGUUCAUCAAGGAGCCGUCGGGGCGGCUGCCGGCCAUGGUGGAGUGGUGGAACGGCAUUGGGGCCAUCCUGGACUUCACCAACCCAGCAGCCCGGGACUGGUUCCAGAGCCACCUGCGCCAGCUCCGGCACAAGUACGGCAUCUCGUCCUUCAAGUUUGAUGCGGGCGAGACCAGCUACCUGCCCAAGCAGUUCAGCACCUUCCGCCCGCUCUCGGACCCCAGCAUCUGGUCCCGGCGCUACACGGAGAUGGCCAUCCCCUUCUACGAGCUGGCCGAGGUGCGGGUGGGCUACCAAUCCCAGAACAUCUCCUGCUUCUUCCGCAUCAUCGACCGCGACUCCGUCUGGGGCUACGAGCUCGGCCUCAAGUCCCUCAUCCCCACAGUGCUCACCAUCAGCAUGCUGGGGUACCCCUUCAUAUCUGCUGACAUGAUCGGAGGGAAUUUUUUCCCCAAUAAGACAAAUGGGGCGGUGGAGAUCCCCGACCGGGAGCUGUAUGUGCGGUGGCUGGAGCUGUCAGCCUUCAUGCCCUCCAUGCAGUUCUCCAUCCCGCCCUGGCUCUACGACAAGGAGGUGGUGGAGAUCGCCCAGAAGUUCACAGAGCUCCACGAGUCGCUGGUGGCCCCGCUGCUGCUGGAGCUGGCCGGGGAGGUCACCGACACGGGCGACCCCAUCAUCCGGCCCAUCUGGUGGAUCUCGCCCCGCGACAAGGCCACUCACAGGAUCGACUCCCAGUUCCUCAUCGGGGACACCCUCAUGGUGGCCCCUGUCCUAGAGAUGGGCAAGCAGGAGCGGGAUGUCUACCUGCCGGCGGGCAAGUGGCGCAGCUACAAGGGGGAGCUGUUUGAGAAGACGCCAGUGCUGCUCACCGACUAUCCCGUUGACCUGGAUGAAGUUGCCUAUUUCCUCUGGGUGUCCUAACAGGCUUCUUCUCCAGCUUUGGAAUAACCAUGCCUUACCUAGGACUUUCUAACAGAUAAUAAUUCUAAUUGCACAUUUCAUUUGUGACUGGGUUGGAGGAAGGGAAUUAAAUAGACUUCACUGUUCUUGGGGAUAAUUUUUUUUUACUUGGGGAUUGAUCUUGUUUUUUUUAAUUUGGGUCAGGUGGGAAACUCUGAUUGAAUAAUGGUAGGCAGCAAUUUCUCUGUAUAGGUCAGUAAGAAAUUGACAUUCUGUCUGCAGACACUUAGUAAACCCAAUACUUUGUCAGUUCCCAAGGAUUUCAAGACAUGGAAGUUGGUUAGUGCCAGUGGGAGCUUUUCUAGUUCUGUGGGAGCACCCAGCUCUGGGUAUGAGGGUGUGUGAUGUUGGGAGGGUUUCUGCAGCACAGGCAAAUAUAUUGAAAAGGA